UGGGAUAGGAGAGGAAGGACCUAAAUGGGUCCCUGAGCUCUUCAGGAGGAAGAAGAAGGUAUUUGAAUCUCCUUGAAUGGCUCCUCGGUUGAGAGAGCAAGAAGCAGGUGUCAUCUUCUCACCGUGAUGGCCGUCUUAAGCAGCUGACGCAGGAUGAUGAUGUGGACGAGGUCGAGAUCGCUAUUGACAACACAGCUUUCAUGGAUGAGUUCUUUUCUGAGAUAGAGGAAACUCGGCAAAACAUUGACAAGAUCUCAGAACAUGUGGAGGAGGCUAAGAAACUCUACAGUAUCAUUCUCUCUGCACCAAUUCCAGAGCCAAAAACCAAGGAUGACCUAGAACAGCUCACAACUGAGAUCAAGAAGAGGGCCAACAAUGUCCGGAACAAACUGAAGAGCAUGGAGAAGCAUAUCGAAGAAGAUGAAGUCCGGUCAUCGGCAGAUCUUCGGAUUCGUAAAUCCCAGCACUCGGUCCUUUCCCGGAAGUUUGUGGAGGUGAUGACCAAAUACAACGAGGCUCAGGUGGACUUCCGCGAACGCAGCAAAGGGCGGAUCCAGCGGCAGCUUGAAAUUACUGGCAAAAAGACAACAGAUGAGGAGCUGGAGGAGAUGUUGGAGAGUGGCAACCCUGCCAUCUUCACUUCUGGGAUCAUUGACUCCCAGAUUUCUAAGCAAGCCCUCAGUGAGAUCGAGGGUCGGCACAAGGACAUCGUGAGGCUGGAGAGCAGCAUCAAGGAACUUCACGACAUGUUCAUGGACAUCGCUAUGCUGGUGGAGAAUCAGGGUGAGAUGUUAGAUAACAUAGAGUUGAAUGUCAUGCACACAGUGGACCAUGUGGAGAAGGCACGGGAUGAAACAAAAAAGGCUGUGAAAUACCGGAGUCAGGCCCGGAAGAACCUGAUUUCACUCCAGCGUGGUGUGUCCACCAUUCUCUUCAGAUGGGAACGGAGUUUGAAAGGCCUUCCUGAGAGCGAGUGGGACCUGUUCCUUUGUUUCCUUGUAACCAUCCCUGGACCUGAUUCAGCAAACAAUCUAGCCCUGGAAGAGUCUAAUCCACCUGAUGCCACCCGAGUUCUCCUUAAAAACCUCCUGCCCCACAGCUCUGAAGUACCUCCCCUCCUGGACUGUAUGAACCAACCCAGCUUCUCUCCUCCCUGUGCUGUGUCGAAUUGUGCCUCACACCUUGGACCAAGGUGCUGUAUUUUCUACCUCAUGGAAUAUUCUCUCAGAAAUUGCAAUGUACUCUUUUUAGGGGAGUAUCUUGAACAAAAGCAGAGAGAGUUUUCUAAGUUUGGCAAUCAUAAGGCUUAGAUUUGAGUCUUCUCCCUGGCAGGAUGCCAACCCUGUGUUUUGUCCCUGUGUCCUGAAAACAUGAGAGACUGGCAGAUGUCAUUUUAGUCUGAGGAGCUGAGUUGUUUGAAAUUCAACCUUAAAAAAAGCAGUUAGUAUGUUAGGUUGGGGGCCAGCUUCGAUCUUCAACUGCGAUGUAUUCUCUCAUGUUUACUCAGGGAGGGACCAGAUGAUAGUCAUCUGAGGUUACCACUUGCAAAGGCUGAGAGUAAAAUACUUGUUUCUAUGUCUGAGUCUUGGAAACUGGCUGUUCACUGUCAGAGAGCGAUGCCUUCUGAAGCCGUUGCCUUGAGACCAAAAUAACCAGGGAUUUAAAAUUUGGCCAGGGACAAGGUGCUAGAGUCUCAGGCUCUGGGACCGUUUCAUGAGACUGAAGUGAGUAUUCACUAAUGUGUUCCAGAUGUAUUUUUAUAACCGUGUGUGUGAGAUCUGUGUACGUCUAUGUAUGCGUCUCUCAGGAAGUAGGAAAUUGAAAAUGGAAGAUAUAGGACACAAAAAACCCCAAACCAAAAACACAAAACUCAGAACUAGACUAAAAAGUAAGUCACAUUUGCUUCCUUGCAAAUUAAUCAUUGUAGAAAUGUGAUCUUUCUAUGUCAUCAAGAGACUUUUCUGGAUGAGUAGUGGGAGAAUUAAUGAGGUGUUUGGAGUGAGGAUGAAGUUGAUCCCUGGUUUUUCUGCUUACAAGACGGAAAAUGUGUUUUGACACCUCUCCUCACUGGCUGCCUUCAUUAGGCUUUUCCUGAGAAAUCUCACAGCAAUUCGGUAUUCACAUGGCCCAUGGGAUGUUCAGGUCACCAGGCCUAAGUCAGGUAGGGGGAGACCAGAGACCACAGAAUACUCUUCUUGCUAUCAGAUUAAUGGGCUUGACAGGUCCUUUAUCUCCUCCUAGCUUUUAUGGAGGAAGCAACCACCAGGACAUCAUUAUAGCGACUCAUAACCAGUAGUGAGCCCCGUAGAGUCCCUACUGGUCUCUGAUUUAGGGUACCAAGUAUAUCUCAGCUUUGAUAUUAACACUUUCUAGGAUAGGGUGGGGACUCUAAUUCAAGCCUUUGAAAAGGCUGUUUACUCUCAGUCACUGCCCAGCACACAGACAGAGCCAAGGGGAGGCCCUCCUACCCGUGGCUAUGAUGUCAGACAGUGGAUUGGCUCCAGCAACAAGGAGAGACAAACUCUAAUCACAGGCUUUUGCUCUUCUCUGAGAUUGAGGCCUGGGGUUUAUAGUUUGGAAUACAAUAUGUGAAGGGUUUUCUGUUGUUUGUAUUUUUUUAAAUGUAAACUUGAUUAUUUUUAUUGCUAAUUUAAAAAUAAAUGACUUUAUAUUGAUUGUAAAAUAGUUCUGGGUCUAUCUCCCUACGAAACAUGCUAGUACUUUGGUGCCACCAUGUGGCAAUUUUUGUUCAGGUUUUGGAAUGGCAGCAAAUCUUGUUAAACCACCU